AUGCCAUCCUGGCGGGAUGACUACCUGAGUGCGCUGCAUGAGAGGGACAAGAAGGAGAAGGCAAAUGAAGCUGUAUAUAAUAGCUACGCCAAAUUGGCUGAUCGAACAGCUACCCUUCAAGCCGCUCGGUCAGCAGAAGUUACUAGGUUACAAGAAGAGCUAAGAUCGUCACCCAAUCCCAAAGACCGCAAGAUAAGCCGAGAGAAAGCGGUACUCGGUAGUCCCACCACUGGAGAAACAAUCACCAAAGUGCGCCAGGACUUGAGUGAGGCUCAGCGUAGCAGGGGUUUGAUGGAGGCCAAGCUCCAGAGCGUCACAGAGGAGUUGCAGAAGCUGAGAAUACAAUCGUCAUUGGACAGCAAACGUAUUGGCGAGCUUUCGAAGGAGAAAGCGAUGUUGACUACGGGGAUGAGGGACAGAGAUGAGGAACUCAGGGGGAAGGCGAAAUUGCUAGAGGACGUGCAUGACGAGACCGUAUCGUUAACGCUCCAGCUGAACAUGGCCGAAGAGCAUUCUCAGAAGUUGCGACAUGAGAAUAAGGAGUUGGUCGAUCGGUGGAUGGCACGAAUGGGACAGGAAGCUGAUGCUAUGAACGAUGGAUCCAAAUUUUCCUGA